UACUCGCUACAACGCUCAAAUAUUUCCCUCUCUUUCUCUCCAAUCCGCGUCGUUGAAAUUGUUGAACUCCAAAGAAACACAAACUUUCUUUCCUUUUCUUCCUUAUUUUGACAAUAGGAAACGCCACCUUAACUUGUCUGCUUCAGGAUCUGCUUUCCAAGUUUCUGCAGCUAUCGCCAUCAACAUUUAGUUCCACCUCUUUGCUCUGCAACCCAAAGUCCGUUUAUCUGUCUUCUUCCCUUGGAUUUGGUUUACUAAUUCUCCUUUGAAAGGAGGCACAUUAAUUUGUCUGCUGAGAUGAGUUUGAGCACUGGCGGAAUCCACACACCGUGUAGCAGUGUAAGGGAUGCAAUGAAGCCCUUCAGAAUCUUCGUGGGGUAUGAUCCACGUGAAGACAUUGCCUUUGAGGUUUGCCGCCACUCCAUAUUGAAGAAGUCUUCAAUCCCUGUUGAGAUCAUACCAAUCAAGCAAUCAGAUCUAAGAAAAAAUUGCUUGUAUUGGCGCGAAAAGAACCAAUUAGAGAGCACAGAGUUCUCCUUUUCAAGAUUCUUAACUCCUUACUUAGCCAACUACGAGGGUUGGGCAAUGUUUGUGGACUGUGAUUUCUUGUACUUAGCAGAUAUUAAGGAGCUGAGAGACAUGGUUGAUGACAAGUAUGCUGUCAUGUGUGUUCAACAUGAAUAUGCCCCAAAGGAGACCACAAAGAUGGAUGGAGCAGUGCAAACUGUGUACCCAAGAAAGAAUUGGUCUUCAAUGGUGUUGUAUAAUUGUGGGCAUCCCAAGAACCGUGUUUUGAUUCCAGACAUUGUUAACACACAGACUGGUGUAUUUCUUCAUAGGUUUCAAUGGCUUGAGGAUAAUGAAAUUGGGUCCAUCCCAUUUGUUUGGAACUUUCUUGAGGGGCAUAACAAGGUUGUGAAGAAUGACCCGAGUACUUUCCCCAAGGCCAUCCAUUAUACACGUGGGGGACCAUGGUUUGAAGCUUGGAAGAACUGUGAAUUUGCUGAUCUCUAGCUGAAUGAAAGGGAAGAGUACCUGAAUGAACCCAAAAAGGUGAUUGCAAAUUAGAUCGGAAAACAUCAGCUGGUGCAAUAAUAUAUUCGGAGACUUUAGUCCUUAAUAAGUCAAUUAUGGCCAUGUAUCAUUCUUCAUUUCAAAUUGCUCGUGCAGG